AUGAACGGGAAAGCUUCCGUUUCUAAGGAGCUUCAUGCCAAACACUCCAAGAUCUUAGAGGGACUUCUUAAGCUACCUGACAAUAAGGAAUGUGCAGACUGUUGGACCAAGGCUCCGCGAUGGGCUAGUGUGAACUUAGGAAUUUUCAUUUGCAUGCAGUGUUCAGGGAUUCACCGGAGUCUUGGAGUGCAUGUAUCAAAGGUGAGGUCCACUACUUUGGAUACAUGGCUGCCAGAUCAAGUUUCUUUCAUGCAAUUUAUGGGUAAUGUGAAGUCAAAUAAGCACUGGGAGGCUAAACUAGCACCAGAUUUUGACAGAAAUGGAUAUGGAAUCGAGAAGUUUAUCCGUGCCAAGUAUGUGGAGAAAAGAUGGGCUUUGCAAGGUGAACUACCAUCAGCUCCAAAGUCAACUGAAAUCUUCUUUGAGAUCAAAGAGUUACCAGCUGCGGCGGCCAAGAAUGGUGUUCAGAAAAACAGGAGAUUGUCUCUCGAGGAAAGCAUUCUAGUGAAUCACGUGGCACAAAUUCGGCCUCCAAUAGGGAAGUUUCACGAGGCCCCCUUAAAUUUACCGAUGAAGAUAUCACCACCGAUCAAGAGGGCAUCAGCAUCACUUGAUUUUGAUAACGUCAUUGGAAAUAGCAACGCUGGACAACAUUUGAUUGAGAAUGCAAGUUCUUGCCAUGUUGCGCAAACAUUGAUCUGUACUGAUCUGAUUUGGGAACUAAUUAUUCAACCAACGCAGACUUCAUCAGCAGAUAUAAAUUAG